CUUCGUUUUAUCUGCUUAGCAGCAAUAUAUACCAACGCACAAAGGCUGAAACUUUUAAAAGAAGUAGUCGUGUUCUCCAAGUUUUAUCCGGAUCGUUGACUAAAGGAAGAUGUAUUCGAGCCUUGCGCUACUCGCGUUGUUCACUCUGUUUCAAACAGGGUCGACUCAACACUGCUAUUCAUGCUUUACCUCCACUCUGAGUGACAGCCGAUUUGCAGAGCAGUGGAGUCGUAAUAAUGUGACGACGAACUCAACUGUCUCAACAUGGCCUGACUACGCCAACUGCUACCAUCCUAAGGCCCUUGAACCCCUGGACUGCUCGGGGGCAUUAGGCUGCGAGAAGCUGAAUGCUGAAGUGGGCUUCAUCUACAAUGGAGAGUGGAGUACCUUCCACGUGCUGUACCUCGGGUGUGCCAGUCCCAGCAACACGGUCGAUGGGUGCACCACGAACCCCAACCAGGUCUUGGACUAUCUACAGCCUUUCCAGGACGGUAUAGACGACGAGAUCGGGCUGAGCCUUGAAUGGGACUCUGUGCUACACGGAGAAGCUUGCAGAUGUUCUGGGGAUUUCUGCAAUGGCGCCACCUACGUGAAGAUGAGCUACAGUCUGAUGAUUAUCUUGUCUCUGAUCACUCUCUUCUGGAACAGGUUCUAAAAUAACGCAAAGAAGGAAAUCAUGGAAAACACACUGUUCCCAAAAACUGUCAUACUUCUUCUUCUCCCUCCUCUUCUACGUUCCCUUCU